CGGUACAGGCUUGCGGCGUUGAUGUCUAGGUCGUGUUUAUUGUUGAUUUCGAUGGGAUCUAUGUACCAAUCCCCUUUCCAUCAUUACAUGCUUGGCCUCGGCAUCCUUUCUUAUUUGAGCUUACCUCUUCCGCUGCACUGGGAUUUUGUCUGAAUCUAGAUCAUACUGCGUGCGCUUGCUCAUAUCUGCUCCCGUCUGAUCUUCUCGUUUGACUGUUGCAUGCCUGUAAGACCUCGCCUUCACCUUAAAGCAAUAUUUGCUGGCUGACCCAUCACUGUCAGUCACUGACAUUCAUCAACCUUCACCCACUUCCACUCUUACUCUUCCUCCUCCACCUCGUUGCUUGCCCUUUAUUCCAACCCCAUACGCUCCUUCUUCGCCAAGCGAUUAUUGUCGAAUUGUGGUCCUUUCGCUUCUUAUCGCUCUUUCUCAUCGAGAUCAGUUCAUUUCGUGCCUUGAUUUUAUCUACCAAAUGUCCUUGUUCAUCAUCGCGCCCCUCACCAACACCAUCAGUCAACAACACAACCUUCUGCUGUGAAUCAAGCUGUUUACGUUACGUCUUUCCAGGUCUACAAUCCAACCCCGUACUGUUACCACGACUUUUGGGAAAAGCGAAUACAAGAAAAUUCAGUAGCACGCUAUCGCGAUGCUUAUCAAAGCCACCCUCAUGGCCCUUGGGGCUGCGGUUGUCGGUGCCGUGCCUCCUCUAGAGAUCAAGGGAACUGACUUUAUCAACCCCGAGACCGGCGACAAAUUCCAGAUUGUUGGUAUGGCCUACCAACCUGGAGGUAGUGCCGGCUACGAUCCUUCCAGCGGAAGAGAUCCUCUCAGUCACAAAGACGAAUGCAUGCGAGAUGCUGCUCUCAUGCAGAUUCUUGGUAUCAAUGCGAUCCGUGUUUACAACCUGGAUCCUAACAUCAACCAUGAUGAGUGCGCUAGUAUUUUCAAUGCUGCCGGCAUGUAUAUGAUGAUUGAUGUCAACUCUCCUCUGCCCGGUGAGGCUCUUCACUCGGAGAAGCCAUGGGAGAGUUACUACACAGCCUACCUUAAUCGCACCUUUGCCAUCACCGAGGCGUUUGGCAACUACCCAAAUACUCUUCUAUUCUUCUCCGCCAACGAGGUCAUCAACAACCAGGCCACUGCUGAGUUUGCCCCUCAGUAUAUCCGUGCUGUCACCCGCGAUCUCAAGAACUACAUCAAGAACAACUUGAAGCGCCAAAUUCCUGUUGGUUAUUCUGCCGCUGACGUCCGCGAUGUUCUGUGGGACACGUGGAACUACCUCCAGUGCGCCGAUGCGGAGGACAAGGGUGAUAUGAGCCGUGCCGACCUCUUUGCGCUCAACUCCUACUCAUGGUGUGGACCUGAGGCCACCUUUGAGACUUCUUCUUACGACGAUCUUGUUGCUGGCUUCAACUCAACCUCUAUCCCUGUUUUUUUCAGUGAAUAUGGAUGCAACAAACCUCAACCCCGUUACUGGAAUGAGACUCAAGCCAUGUACGGAGACGAAAUGACCCCGGUCUUCUCGGGUGGCGUCGUGUACGAGUAUACUGAGGAGGACAACAACUAUGGCCUCGUCAAGAUUACUGGAGACAAGCUUCGCAUUCUCGGAGAUUUCAACCGCCUUAAGAACCAGUUUGCUAGAAUCAACUGGAAGGAGGUCCAAUCUAAGCCUGCUAGCAAGAGCUCUCCGAAGGCUCCGGCCUGUAAGGCUGGCAUCAUCGAGGAUAGCGGUUUCGACAACAACUUUACUCUUCCAACUAUCCCUGACGAUGCCCAAAAGCUGGUCGACAACGGUAUUAAGAACAAACCUAGCGGAAAGAUCAUCGAUAUCUCGGACUGGAACGUCAAGCUUGAUGUCAGUAACGCUGACGGCAGUGCUAUGAAAAAUCUUAAGGUCAUUCCCCUGAAGGACGACGAGUCCAAUGCGUCCGGUAAGAACGAUGCAGACACAGGGAGCGAGACUACCGAUGACAAUAACAGUACCAACACCGACAACAGCACCAACUCAAAUGGUGGAGAUGCCAAGGAUGGAGAGGAUGAUGAAGAUGCUGCUAUUCUUAACCGCCCUUUGGCUUGGGUUAUGGCCCUACCUUUGGCCGCCAUGGUGUUUGCGCUUUAGGUGCCUGUCUGGAACAGGCACAAGAAGCAAGAAGAACCCAAAUAAUGUGCUGCAUCUGGUACUUGGAACGGGAAGUUGUAACACGCUUGAUUUUUUCAGAUACGAAAAGUAUACGAUACUACCCGCACCCACCAUUUGGUGACAUGACUACUUCUCAGGCUCAGAUUAUGAGCCUGCUCACUGGAAGGUUUUUGAGAUCCUUCCGAUUUGAGCUUUUUAUACAGAUACACUGUUUGUUAUUGACUUAGGAAUUACAUGGACUUAACUGCUCUGGAUUGCACAACUCUGUCUGGCUGUGGGACGUGAAAGUAACUGAACAGUAGGGCAUACUAAAUGUUAAAUCCCCAAUGUCAUCAGUCCUUGGUUGACUUAGCAUUAUCUUAUCCUGCCGCCAACUUGAUUGUUAUGCUGCUAUUGCCCAGUAUAUGCAUCCGUAUGGAAAAAGUCAGUACAUUUCCUUUCCUAUUGGCCUUCUCAACAUAAACCGCGA